UUGUGGCGCAUCUGAGAAGCGAAUCGGUUAGACUCUGUCAGAAGUGGGAUUUCUCACCAUUGCUCUCACUACGCUGAGCAAAAGUUUGGGAACCUGUUGCGUGUUUGACAUCUCUCCGCGCAAAUGUUGGCAGCAAAAUUAAAAGUGCUCUGGGAGAUGAGAAAUGGAAUUAUCCUCUUCUUCACUCCAAUUGUUUUCUUGCCUCUUCCUCUGGUCAUUGGGACAACGGAGGCAGGCUGUGGGUACAUCAUUGCGCUGAUGGCGGUGUACUGGUGCACUGAGGUCCUGCCUCUGGCCGUCACCGCCUUGCUUCCGGCUGUUCUCUUCCCUCUCUUCGGCAUCAUGCAGUCUAAAGACGUGUGCAUGCAGUACCUGAAAGACACCAACAUGCUGUUUGUGGGGGGGCUCAUGGUGGCCGUUGCCGUGGAGCACUGGAACCUGCACAAGCGCAUCGCCCUGCGGGUGCUCCUGCUGGUGGGGGUCAGGCCCGCACUACUAAUGCUUGGCUUCAUGGGAGUGACGGCCUUCCUGUCCAUGUGGAUCAGCAACACGGCCACCACGGCCAUGAUGGUGCCCAUCGUGCAGGCCGUGCUGCAGCAGCUCAACCACCAGAGUGACCAGGGGGGAGAGGAGAAGAGCAUCCCCCUGCCUGAGGCCGGAGACAAACCAGCCGAGAAACAGAGUGAUGGACAAGUGGUGAUGAAUGGGAUGUCCGUGGAGGUCGAGCGUGAGGAGCUCCUGAGGGAGGAAGAGGAGCGGAAGAAGAUGUGUAAAGGCCUCACCCUGUGUGUGUGCUACGCGGCCAGCAUCGGUGGCACCGCCACGCUCACAGGCACGGGCCCCAACCUGGUGCUCAGCGGACAGAUGAAUCAACUCUUUCCAAAGAACGGCGACGUCAUUAACUUUGCGUCCUGGUUUGGGUUCGCCUUCCCCAACAUGAUCAUCAUGCUCACGCUCGCCUGGCUCUGGUUGCAGUUUGUCUUCAUCGGGUUCAACUUCAGGAAGACGUGGGGCUGUGGAGUUGAUAAGUCAGAGAAGGAGAUUGCUGCCUAUAACGUGAUCCGUGAGGAGCACCGGAGCCUGGGGCCCAUGGUGUUCGGGGAGCUCAGCGUUCUGGGCCUGUUUGUGCUCCUGGUGGUGCUGUGGUUCACGCGGGAGCCCGGGUUCGUGGACGGAUGGGCAACCCACCUGUUCAACUCAGAAAAAGAGUUUGUGACAGAUGCCACGGUGGCAGUGUUCGUUGCCUGUCUGCUGUUUGUCCUGCCCUCCAAACUGCCCCGUAUCUUCUGCGGGGGGUCACAGAGUUUUGACAUAGGCACCCAGCGCUCCCGCGAGGCCUCCGCUCCUCUCCUCACCUGGAAGGUGGCGCAGAAGAAGAUGCCCUGGAGCAUCGUGCUGCUGCUGGGAGGAGGCUUUGCCUUGGCCAAGGGCAGUGAGGAGUCGGGUCUGUCCCGGUGGCUCGGGGACCUGAUGACCCCACUUCAGACCAUCCCCCCCUGGGCCAUCGCCAUCAUCCUCUGCCUCCUCAUCGCCACCUUCACAGAGUGCACCAGCAAUGUGGCCACGGCCACCCUGUUUCUCCCUGUGCUCGCCUCCAUGUGCCAGUCCAUAGGAGUGAACCCUCUGUAUGUGAUGAUCCCCUGCACCCUCAGUGCAUCCUUCGCCUUCAUGCUGCCCGUGGCCACGCCGCCCAACGCCAUCGUGUUCUCCUACGGCUAUCUGAAAGUGUCUGACAUGGCCAGAACAGGGGUGGUGAUGAACCUCAUCGGCAUCCUGUGUAUAACCCUGUCCAUUAACACCUGGGGCCGAGCCAUGUUCACCCUGGACACUUUUCCAAGCUGGGCUAAUGGCACUGAAGUCUGAGAGAGAGAGAGAGACAGAGAGAGAGACAGAGACAGAGACAGAGACAGAGCGAGAGAACACACCAUCACCCCACUCUUUCGGUGACUCGUAGCUCCACAGCUCAGGGUUUGAGCCAACAUGGCGGACGGCUGUUUAAAGAGUUUCACUGAGAUUGCUGCUGGAGAUGAGGGAUUGCUUAAUGCCUUCAUACACUGUGUGCUACUGGGUGGUCCAAUGAUUCUGGCUAACGGUGUCCUUACAAUGUAUCAGCCACUGUUAACUACCCGUAGUGGCUUUUGACAGUAGCUUGACACACUUUUUGUGUUGUUGAGUCUCAUUGUAUAAUACAUAAUGUACAAAGCCUUGAAGUAAAUUGUUAUAAAAUGACUAUUUAUCAACAUGAGUGUAGAAAAAUAUUUGUAUUGUGUAUACCUUAAGUAGAAAUGCUCAGGAUCAUUUUAGGAUGAGUUGAUAUUUUUUAGUUUUGAUCAGUUUUUAUUAUGUACAGUAAAAUAUGUCUAAUCUUAUUUUGUUCUGACCUUUGAUUAAACCAGUGCUUUCAGUGCCUCAA